AGCAAGUAUUUUCGGCGCCUGCCGUCCUAUAAUCUUUAUUUUACCGUGCCCACCCACCGCUUUCAUUAUCCGAUCCUCGACUUCUGCAGUCUGUUGAACAGUAUAACUUUCAAACACAGUGUGGUCGGUAGUAUUACCUGCUAAACGAAGAGAGGGUAAGAUGCUGUACCGACAGGCUUUAUAAAAGCUCCGCCCUCCACGGUGAUUUUCACAGCGCCAUUCAAAUCUUCUGCUACAACGGCUGGUGGGACUCCACAGUGCCUGAAAGAAAGCCCCGCCUUCGCGGAUAAGAUAAGCGGCGGCUGCAAGUUGUUCAUGUCAAACGUAGCCGAAAGACGGAUGGAAUUUUGAAAGACACGGUCAUCUUCACACCGUUUUGUACCGGUUGACCCCAAUACAUAAAGAUGAGCACAAAUCAUCCAGAGCCCCCUCAAAUUGUUCCCAUCUAUUCAGCCCACCUUUCUACCCAUCUACAUCACAAUGCCCGUCGCUACUACUCCCGACACAAAGCUCAAGCUCGCCGUCAUCGGUUUAGGUCGAAUUGGUGCCGUUCGAGCCCGUAUCCUCAGUAAUUACGCUCCCAAGAUCCACGUGGUGGCCGCUUGCGACUCCAAACCCGGGUCUGACGUUUGGGCCGCUGAGAACUUGCCUUCCCAUGUACAGUUCUUCUCCGACCCAGAGGAGUUGUUCCAAAAGAGUGGUGCUCAAGCUGUCUUGAUCUCUACUGUCACUGCUACUCAUGCUCCCCUUGUUCUUCGUGCUCUGGAGUUAGGCUACCACGUCAUGUGUGAGAAGCCUAUCGCUGUUGACAUUGCCACUACGAAGCAGGUCGUCGAAGCUGCCAGAGCCAAGCCUGAGCUCAAAUUUUUGGUUCCCUUCUGCCGUCGAUAUGAUGAGUCUAACCGAGCUCUCAAGAUGUUAGUCGACGCAGGAGAGUUGGGAGACAUCCACGCCGUCGAAUCUUGGUGUCUUGACGCCCAGGACCCCACAGGUUUCUUUGUCCAGUUCUCAGCCAUGUCUGGCGGUAUUUUUGUCGACAUGGGCGUUCACGACAUUGACAUUGCCCGCUACUUCCUCAACGUUAAAAAGGGUCUGAUUAACCCUAAGAAGCAAGUCAACAGGGUCAUCGCAUUUGGUCAGACCGCUGUCUAUCAUGAUCUGCAGAAAUUUGGGGAUGCCGAUAAUGGUUACGGUAUCGUCGAGUUUGCCAAUGGGAAGAUCCUUACUUCCCAUAUUGGACGAACUCUUACCAAUGGGCACGAGAGUUCCACCAGAGUCUUUGGUACCAAGGGUACAGCUGUAGUCAACGCUGAAUCUCCUGCAAACCGUGUUCAGCUACGAGACGCCCAUGGAGUGAGAAGUGAGACAACUGGCGACGCCUUUGUUCUUUACCAACAAUCCUUCGUCAAUGAUCUUGAUGAGUUUGCCACCUGUGUAUUGGAGGACAAACCUUUAUCCCUCCAACCUGAAGACGCUCUUGAGGCCAGCAAGAUCGCCACUGCUCUGCAAUACUCUUUCCGAAACAGGGUGGCUGUUGAGUUUGACGACGAAGGAGAGCCUAUCAUGCCUUAAAAAAAUGUAAAAUUCUGAAAUACAUAGAACUAUGUGUAAUUGGGACUGUGUAACAUUUACAACUGUGACUAGCGGAUAGAAGCCUUGGAACGCAUUCAUUUGGCAUUUCUCAUGCAAGACACUGAGGUUACACUCCAGAUAUCAGAUGUGGCCCUCAGAUUCGUCUUUUUCUACCUUCACGUAUUGAUAUUAAUCAUUUCGUUUUCGAGAGAGACUGGCCUCUGGCUGCCACAUCAACACAUCCUGCCCCCUGUAUCUCGCUUCCCGUCCAAGUUUUAUUUUUUCUUAGGCCCUUUCGGCUGGCUUUCUUUCUUUCUUUCUGGAGCAGAGAUCUUUGUUGGUUAUUGCUUGGCUGUGUUUGAGACUUUUUUGGGCUUUGAAAAGAGAAGAGCUAGACUAAAUAUCGACUGUCGAACCAGUAGUAGAGCAUUGCGAGCUGCAUCUGUAUGCUCUGGAACAGCUUCGUAUUCAAUCACACCUAACUCAACUCGUGCCUUUAGAAAGAAACUUAGUAGUAGGGAGUUAUUUCUUGCUUCCAUUUUGAAGAUCGAAAGCAAGGCUUGGCGGAAUG